CCUGUGUGUUUUGCGCUCGCCCGACCAUGAGCAGCGCAGAUUCGCUGAGCCUCUGCCCCACAUACGCGCCGGCGCUCGGCUUCGGCGGUGCGAUGAUUGCCCUCGUGAUGGCCUGCGUCGGGAGCGCGUACGGGACAGGCAAGGCCGCCAUGGGCAUCUCGACGAUCGGCGUCGAGCAGCCAGACAUUGUGAUGAAGAACAUCAUCCCAGUUGUGAUGGCGGGCGUGCUCGGCAUUUACGGCCUCAUCAUCGCCGUCAUCAUUAGCAACCAGAUUGUGGGCGUCGUGGGCAACGCGGUUGGCUACAGCCUCUUCACAGGGUUUGCGCACUUGGGCGCCGGCCUGUGCUGCGGCAUGAGCGGCCUCGCGGCAGGGGUGGCGAUUGGUGUCGCGGGCGACGCGGGCGUGCGGGCGGUGGCCAAGCAGGGCAAGAUGUACGUCGGCAUGGUGCUGAUCCUCAUCUUCGCAGAGGCGCUGGGCCUGUACGGCCUCAUCAUUGGGCUGAUUAUGACCUCGAAAAACUCCGAGGUGUGCGGUGCUGGACCUGUCGAGUGAUGGUCGCGGCUGGCGACGCGGCUGCGCCAGGGCCCUCUCCGCGCUCUCGCCUCUUUGUGUUUCCGCGCGGCAACACACACGAGGCACCUACGUUUGCUUCCCUCCCCCCUUGCCAAAGCCGGCCGCGGCUUAGGGCCGGCCUUGUUCGGUUGCGAGAGAGGGGCUGAGCAGAGCGGAGAGGCCGGGCGGCAGUGCCUGCUCUUUUCUUCCAGGCACCAGGGCAGACGCCGGGGUUCGCGCGCGGUCGCCGAGCACGUACCGCUCGGGUCGUUAUUUUUGUACGUACCCCCAUGUAA